AUGUCCGGUCGCGGUAAAACCAGAGGCAAAGGGCGCGCCAAGGCCAAGACUCGCUCGUCCAGAGCCGGGCUCCAGUUCCCCAUUGGCCGUAUCCACCGGCUGCUGCGCAAGGGCCACUAUGCCGCGCGGGUCGGGGCCGGAGCCCUUGAGUAUCUGACGGCCGAGAUCCUCGAGCUGGCCGGCAACGCGGCCCGGGACAACAAGAAGACCCGCAUCAUCCCCCGCCACCUGCAGCUGGCCAUCUGCAACGAUGAGGAGCUCAACAAGCUAGCUCUGGAUCAGAGGCAACACAUGACUGUGCCAUUUGUUCACCUGCAACUACCGGAAUUACCAUACACAGACGCUGGUCAAACACAAGUCAAUCCAGCGAUACAUGUACCAGUUCGUAGCAUUUGCUUACCCAAGAGUUCUGAAAAUGCCGCUAUCUUUUUACCAAGGAAAAUGUCAAGUGGAGCUCGGCAGGAGGUGACAUCAGAGGAUAAAAUCCUCUCCAGGUUAUUCUGA